GAUAAAAUAGGCCUAAAGCUUAACAGAGCGAUGGUCUUGAAUAAUACUUAGAAACUAAUAAGCCCACUAAUCAUCUGUAAUGGUACACUUGCCAUAGUAUCCAUCUUCGUUCGUCCCGGCCUCGCGCGGCCUGGAUUCUGGUUCUGGAAUAUGUCGAAGUCAUCUGCUCUUCUCCAAAGCCUCGCUCUAUUAUCGGAAUCAAUUGGAAACGAGCUAUCGGAAGCUCACUACACUCCGCCACCCCAAGCCUCCAAUGUCUCCAUCAAAUCCCUUCUCUUCUCUCUUCUCACCUCAAAUGCUGAAUUUUCUUCCGAAACUGACGUCAUCAAAGCCAAAACCAGAGACUUCAUUUUAUGCUGCGGGGCUUUGGCAUCAGCCCUCGACUCCGCCUACGACCAGCUCUCAUGGAUACCUAGUUCCCUCUCUUCUACCGCCACCUCGGCCCUCAAGGACUUAGCCGUUGCUUAUUAUGAUUCUUUUCAUGGCGGGGAUGAGACGGUGAAGAUUGGUGGUGAAUUGGAGCUAGAUUUGAAGUUUGUUCCCAAGGAGAAGAGAUUGGUGGUUGAAUUUAUGCCUCAGGUUUUACCCUUGUUGAAAGAUAAAAUUAAGGAGAGUUCAAUUGGUACGGCGGAUGAUAUAUCGGCUGCCUCUGCUGGGGUCCCCGUGGCUUAUGCUAUUGUGGCUGCUUAUCAACUCCGGUGGCUUGUCACCCAGGUGGAUUAUCCUUAUUUAGGAAGGCUUUGUGCUUUGGUGAUUCCUAGUGCAUUGACAGCUCUUGACCACUGGUCCCCUCAAGUCAAAGGGCAGGGCAUGCUUAGCUUCAUUCAUCUGGCGAAAAAUGUAAAUGCUGCGGAAAUUGGUUGGUAUGAAGAUGUUAUUCUUGAUGCUUGUUGCCAAAAUAUUGCUUCUAGCGAAGAGAUAUGGCAGGAUGUGGUUGAGAUGUCAGUACUUCUGGUGACUUUCACACAACGAAGUAAUCCUCGUAGCCCAUGGUAUGAGAAGCUGCUCAAUGAGAUGUUAAAUCACUUAGAAAGACAACCAAGAAAUGUGGAGCGCCGUGUGGUGUGGCUUAAGCACAUUGAGCCACUUUUUAACAGUGUGGGCCUCAUACUACUAGCCCACUUUCGACGUAUUUUCCCUCUUUUCUUUCGAUGGAUGCAUGCUGAUGAUGAUGAUACCGUGUUAUUGGUUCUGAAACGGAUCAAGACAAUUCUGAGAUUAACUUGGGUCAGGAGUUCACCAUAUACUGAGAGCUCCAGGUUGGUGGAUGAGCUUGUCACCCUGCACAGGGAGGCUGCACUGAGAGUUGCUCGUGAAGAUAUUAGAACACUUAUUCUUGACAUACUAAUCUUAAUCCAGCAAUCCAGGGGUUCACAGUUUGAAGCACUGUGGAACAAGCACAAGGAGGAUCCUGACUUGACUGCAGUUCGUGAACUUUUUACCAGAAAGGAUGUUGCAUUGGUUCAGUUCUCAUCCUCUGCUGCAUGACACUAAUGAACAACUGUGGCUGAAUAUACUUGGAAUUUCUGUAUUUUAUUGUGAAGUAGCAGCUUCCGUAAGGAGCAGUUUGCAGCGAAUAGUUAAUGUUAACUUAGGGUUCCCAUAGAGAUUUUGUUUGCAGUAGCUUGUUGAGGUCAGGUUACAGAUUUGUCUACGGUGUACAAAUGCGACUCAGGUAUAUCUAUUUGCUUGUGAUAUGGAGUAUAGUUAAGUUCUGCCCUACA